UGCAAACGAAUAUGUUUAAUUGAAGGUGAGAUAGAAAACGAAAAAGGACUAUAUAAACGUCUCUCGUUUUUUAUAUUUUUUCAAAAUUAUUAUACAGAUAAUAUCAUAAUAUUUCAGUUAAUUCGAUCAAAUAAAUUAUAGAUUAAUAAUAAUUAAUUAACCAAAAUAGCUUCCAUAUAACGUUUUAUCUAACUUAAUUUGUUAUCAAAACCUCUUCGUGUUACUCCUACCACCAGCAUAUUUUUAAGAUAAAUAUUAAUGAUAAAUGUAGAGAAAAAAUUUACCAUAAUUAAUAAACACCUUCUCUUUAUUUCCAUUCAUUUCGUAUCACAAAUUAUAUUUAAAUGUACUAAUUAAGGUUUGUUUGUUUCUGAUAUUGUCCUGUUCUAUACAUGCAUGCAUGCAAAUCAUUAAUAUCAUCAAAUCAAAGCUUAAGUAUUAAUCAUUAUAAUGGAACUUUUCAAAAAAGCUAGGAUGGUACGGCUGAGGAGCCACCACGACAAGUACCUAUUAGCCGAUGAAGAUGAAGAAUCUGUCGUACAAGAUCGUAAUGGUUUGGUAAGGAAUGCCACGUGGAGCGUCGAGCUAUUGGAAGAGGCCAAUGUUUUACGCCUAAAGAGCUGUUAUGGUAAAUACUUAAUGGCCUCAAACAUGCCUUUCCUUCUUGGAAUGACUGGUAAGAAAGUUAUUCAAAAUCUUCCCAAAAGGUUGGAUUCAUCCCUUGAAUGGGAACCCAUAAGAGAAGGAUUUCAAGUUCGUCUCAAGACCCGAUACGGCCAAUUCCUCCGCGCAAACACUGGUUUGCCGCCGUGGCGCAACUCCAUCACUCAUGACAUUCCUCAUAGAACCUCAACGCAGGAUUGGAUUUUGUGGGAUGUGGAUGUUAUUGAGAUUCGAGUCCCGUCUCCUUUUCGUCCUCGUCCAAGGUCGGCCCCGGUUGAAGCUCUUCAUUCUCCCCCAACAAUUGAAAUCGCUUCUCCUAGGAGGAAUAAGAAGUCGUCUUCUUUUGAUUUUGAUAGUGGAUUGGUGAUGAAAGGGGAAGGUAGAAUGAUUUACUAUCGUGUGUCAAACAAAAAAGAAGAGAUUGAUGAUGGAGAAGAAGAGCUUUCAUUUAUGUUUAAGGGUAGUGGUGUAGAAGAGUUGAAGCAGAGGUUGAAGAAUGAUACUGGACUAAACGACGUCGUUAUAUGUUCUCAUAAUCCAUUGAAUGGACAGCUUUAUCCUCUUCGCUUGCAUCUACCUCCCAACAAUAUUGAUAUGCAUGUUGUUGUGGUUCCUUCUUCUUCCUUAUCUGAAGUUUUGAAGUAGAAAAGUGAUCCGGCGGAUUCAAUCCGAGUUGAGGCGUGAUCAACAACAUCAAAUACCUUUAUGUACUCUGUUCUGUAGUUCUGUAUAGUACUCAACUUCUUAAUAUACUACUCUAAUUUCCAAUAACCAGAAAGAAAUUUGUAGGAUGAGUAUUUUCCAUUAAUGGGAUUUUCAACAGCUAUAAAAAAUUCUGAGUGUUGUUAUGGGAAUUGAUGGAAAUGUUAUACUUCAAUUUCUCAGACCUUCAAUGGGAAUAAAAUUUACUUAUUUUUCACACAAUUUCUGGUGUACAAUAUGUAUAUUUGUAUUUGAAAAAAAGAGCAAGUAAACUCAUCUUUGGCCAUCAUUGUACUCUCUACAAAGGGUCCUUAACCAUAUGAGAAGAUAGUAAAUCCAGCAUCAUACAUAUCUCGAAUCGACAUGAAUGCAUAACAUCUCCUGAAACAAACUCAUUCAUCUUUCCUUCAACUUCUAUCAUACUCCAACCUGGUGUCUUCCUUAUUCCCCGAUCGCCAAUCAUCUUUCGUAUCCUAACUGCAUCUUCACUUCUUCGUGCAGCCAAAUAAAUGUUUGACAAUUGAACAUAGACUCCAUCUUCCCCUGUCUUAUCCCCAUUUUCAAGCUGUAGAAGCUCUUUGACAGCAAGCUCAGCAAGAUCAACAUUGUUAUGAAUUCGGCAACCACAUAGUAAAGCACCCCAAACAGAAGCAAGUGGCUUCAUGGGCAUAUUUCUUAUGAGCUCAUGUGCUUCCCUUAUUUUUCCUGCCCUGCAUAGCAAGUCCACCAAACAACUAUAGUGCUCAUGUUUAGGCGAAAUCCCAUACUGACUUCUCAUGUUGUGUAACAAAAGCUGGCCUUCCUUUUGAAACCCUGCAUGAGUACAAGCCACAAGCACUCCAAGAAGGACAACCCCAUCAGGCUUGAUUCCAUCCUCCAUUUGCAUCCUUUCCAAGCAAUGAAUUGCUUUCCUAGCAUGCCCAUGUAAUGCAAGUCCUCCUAUUAUGGCUGCCCAAGAGAACACAUUCCUUUUUGGCAUGUUUUCAAAGACUUCCACAGCCAUGUCUAGACAACCACACUUGGCAUACAUAUCAACAAGAGCCGUCCCAACGAAGAUAUCCGAUUCAAAUCCUUUUCUUUCCUUAGUGUACUCAUGAACCCACUUCCCCUGCCAAAGAGCACCCAAAUGAUUACAAGCCAUGAGUGCAGUAACCACACAAAACUCAUCAGGCUCAAACCCAAUUGCCAACAUAUCUUGGAAAGCUUUUAAAGCCUCAGAAGCGAAACUGCAUAGAAUAUACCCAUUCAUAAGAACAUUCCACUGAAAUUGAUCUCUUUGAGGAAUUUCAUCGAACACCUUUCUAGCAUCACCCAUAACCUUACACUCUGCAUACAACCUAAUAAGCGCGGUCUGCACAUGACCAUCCAACAAACUCAGCCCAUUUUUCACAACCCAGUUAUGAAUUUGCUUUCCUUCAAUUAACCAAACGCCAUUAACGCAGGCAAGAAGGACAAAAUGAAAAGUACAGUGAUCACAAAUAACUAAUUCGUCGCAUGUUCUUAACAUGAGCUUGAAGUAACACAGAGCCAAAUGAGGCUUAGAACUGCGCGAAUAGGCUCUGAUAAGGGUGUUGUAAAUAUACGAAUUGGGUUUCUCGAUAUGAUUAAAGAGACGAGACGCAUAUGAGAGGUCGCCGGAGUCGGAGAGUGCAGAAAAGGUAACGAGUUUGCUAAUGGCGUAGUUGUCGAGGUGCAGACCGUGGGUGAUAAAGAUGGAGUGAAUGGGCUUUAGUUGGCUCAUAUUGGCGCAGCGUUGAGCAAGAGACAUGCAACGCUUCCAUGCUUGGAGCUGCAGCUGCGUCAUGGAUGACCAUGCUGCCGCU